AUGCCACGCAAACUCUCCAAGCAACCGUCCCUCACAUCCGCCUCCCCGACCCUCACCGCAUCGCCCGCCCCCCAGAUCCCCCCGUCACUGACAGACCCAACCCUCCCACUCCCCAAGCUCAUCGUCUUCGACCUCGACUACACCCUCUGGCCCUUCUGGGUAGACACCCACGUCACGCCCCCGCUCAAGCCCAACGCCGCGCACUCCCUCGCCACAGAUCGCCACGGCGAAGAGUACACCUUCUACCCCGACGUCCCCCAGAUCCUGCAGCUCCUCCCCCGCGCCGGCUCGCCCGUCAAGCUCGGCGUCGCGUCGCGAACCCACGCGCCCGCCCUGGCCAGGGACCUCCUGAAGAUGCUGCACCUGCCGCCGGCGCAGGAGGGAGACGCGCGGCCCCGCCGGGCCCUGGACGCCUUCGACGCCGGGCUGGAGAUAUACCCCGGCAGCAAGAUCCGCCACAUUGAGCUGCUGCAGCGGAGGGCGGGCGUCGACUUCGAGGACAUUUUGUUCUUUGACGACGAGAGCAGGAACCAGGAGACGGAGCGGCUGGGGAUUACCAUGAGGUUGGUCAGGGACGGGGUGUGCUGGGCCGAGAUUGAGAAGGGCGUGGACGACUGGCGGAGGAGGAGGAGCGUUCGAAAAGGCAGUGUUUGA